CACCAAUUUCAUACACAUUUAAUAUAUAUACCAAUGGAUAACUUGGAUGUGUCAUAUGAUACAGCUUCUGGCUAUAGUGACAAUGACUUUGACAUUGUUGAGCACUUUUCGGAUGAUGACGCUCCAUCGGCAGAUUUCAAGCCAAAGGCUCCCAGGGACCCCGAUGGGCGUGUUUCAGGAUUCCCUCGGGCUCUACAUAGAACUAUGAUGCCACAUCAACUUGGAUGUGUCAAUUUAGAUAAACCAAAGACAGAUCAUGUUGAUCAUCGUUCUGGGCACCCAAAGGUGUCAUUUGAUGACGUUGACUAUGGCAUCCCAGAUAUAUCUACUAUGAGUGCAGAGGAAAUCAAUGAACACCAAGCAUACAUACGUGAGCGUCUUGGGAAAGAUAAUUGUGACUUUUUAAUACGGCGUCGAUUGCAAAGACUUGGUUUGACACCAGAUUUGCCGCAAAGUGAUGGGCAUACAGAUGCCGGUACUAAUAGAGAAACUUUAUCCAAAGCAGAAUCCAACAAAAUUACUUGCUCUAGCGACAUUUGGUUCAAAUCUUCUAAUUUUGAAUUCCAAAAGCUGGAAUGGACAAAUCCAGUUGAGUCAGUUCAGGAUGAGAGUUCCCUUGAUCCGUCAUCAUUACGUUUGCAUGAACUUCGAUUUGAUUUUGACGGUAACUUGCUGGAUGGUCAUGCCUCCGACAGUCACCGGCACGACACCGCUUUGUAUAACCACGGUGACGACCCUCACAAACCUGGCUACACUAUACUUGAGUUAAUCGGGCUUCUACAGAGUACUUUCAAGCCUCAGGUGAAACUUGCCACUCGUACACUUUGCAAUAUAGUUUCCAGGGCAAUACUAGGUCCACGGUGCUACUUUGGUUACCCAGCCACUCGAUGGUCUAAUUACAUACACAACGAUGUGGACCUUGUAUGCCGUAUGGGUUUUGUUUGUCUCGAAAACUUCGGUAACGUCCAGAUAGUUGCUGACGCUCUUAGGGCUAUGGCAAUACUGCUUUUCGGUGACUUCAGUGAUUUAUCCGGGGACGGUACGAAUUUGUUACUCACAUUCAACGAGCUACUAUUUGGUUUGUUACCUAAUAACUUGGAUGUCUACAGUCACAAUUCAAUGGUUUUUGAUUUCCAGGGUACUGAUAAUUUGUACGAUACGUUACGUGGGAUUAAUGCCACUGCUGGAAAACAUUCAUCCAACGAGGUACUAUACCAGUUUUUCAGUGAUGUUCUAAAAGGGGCAUUAGUUGGCAUGGAUGCUGAUGAUAUAAAUACCAGGCUUCCUGGUGAAUAUGACCUCCACUCUUUAGUCUACUUGUUGGCUCACUGCGGGUUCAUAUCACAUCUGUGUAUGCUGUUAAAGAGGCACAUGGAUAACGUCGCGCUGCUAUCGUCAAUAUGCUUGGUUGUUAGUGGCAUUUUAUCACGUUUCGGACCGCCAUUAGCACGCGCAUUGUGUGAGUAUCCUGAAUUCACUGAUGUCUUGGGCCAGCUUAUACAUCUACAGAUAUACGGUACAAGGCUUAACCUGGAUUAUCAAAGUUCCGUGGAUAUAUCUAGUGGCGCGUGUUUAAAUCUGGCAUGUAGUACUCUGUGUUUUCUACGGCUUUUGUCUGGUAUGUACCCACCCUGCUUUCAGGAUGUAUUGGACCCGAUGGGUAGCGUAGCACUGGUAAAGCAGACGCUAUCCAUAGCAUUCCGGAGUGAUAUAGAUUCAGUAUACAAUUUAAUGGAUAAACGUGAUGGUACCAUGUAUGCUACCAGUAAACCUGCGGCUAUAUGUGGCAUAAUGGCAUUGCGUUGUCUUAGUACCUGGUGUGCCGUAGGUGUCCAUUACGACACCUUGGACGAGUUGGCAUCGGCAUUCCAGUAUGAAGUAUACUCGCUACGUGCUAUAUCUAGUACAGAGACCCGUGUGAAUGGUAUCACAGACUCAACGCCCAAUGACAAGCUCUUGGAAUUCCUGGGUACUACUGGUCUUAACAUGGCACAUGUAUGCCUCCACCUGGAGCUGCUUUUGGAAUCUGACUUUGGCAAUCACAUACUAUACUGGUGGGACAGUGCUCAUCUCCGUGAUUUAAUAUUGGAUUUGUGUACUCUAGAAAAUCCAUCCUACUACCCUUGGUCAUCAGUCAUAAUGCUGUUUGCUCUCCGGCUAUACUGUGCCUAUUGCCAUCAUGGCACUAAUGUUACACUGGAUAAUACACUCCUUGGGUCCAUAGAAGGCUUCUUUUUACGACAUUUAUCUAAAGAUGGAACAAUGUCUCUGCCACGCGCUUGGGAUUCCAUGGAACUUGUAGUACCCUUGUAUUGCCAUAACCCACAAAGUGGCAAUAUACACAGGAUAGUGUCCUUCUCAAGUGCCAUAGAAGCUGUAUCCAGAGUCGCUACACCCGCAUUGCUUCUUGAGUCGUGGUUAGAACUGCAUUCCCUGCAUAAGGUACCGGUACCGAGCGGUACCUUAGUACAAUGUAAGCAUCUAGUGGACAUGAUGUGCUCUAUCAUCGUUGAAUACCAAGAGUCAAUAUCCACUGACAGCAUGGUACUUUCAAAGCCAGUGCCGAUGAUGCAUCCAUGGGCCAGUUUCAUUUGUACCUACGUUCAAUUGGUUCUAGACUCUGGUACCCCCAAGGAAAAUGGGAACCUAAUGGAACUGUUGCUAUCCGCAUUGACUAUAUCAUCUUGCUACAGUACUACUGAGUCAUUACUGCAGCUUCUAUAUGGCAUUUGCGAACUUGGCGGCAACACGACCAUACAGGAUAGCGCUAAUGGCUAUUUAGAGGACAUGCAUUACUACCUAACAUUCAAUCGCAAGUUAAUCAGUUGUUCACUGGGACACGGCAACAUGCCAACGUUGAAUUUUGCUGCGUUCAUACCAGUGCUAUCCAUGGGCAUCAUAUCAAAUUCUAUUGAUAACUUCAAGGUCACCGGUUUAAUGUCAUCGUUGCUAUCACGGGAUGCAUUCAGAGGAACGUUACUCAAACGAGUUCCUUAUGUGAGCGUACCUGAGCUUUUUCUAGGUUUAGUUGCAUCAAGGGUUGCGGAUACAAAUUGGAAUCUUGAGGAAUACAGUCUGAGCCUGCUUGAGACCCUGGUAUUCAAGGAUCUGGAAAGCCGAAUGCCGCUACCAUCAGACAGAGUCGUGGAGCCUAACAAGGUGACUGACUACCUAAGGAAACACCAAUCUACUGGGAACUAUAAGAAACUCAUGUCACAGGAAGCACUCAUGAGGACGGCGUCAUCUAUACUUAGGCAGUUCAAACAUGGCCAUGGCGACUCUCUAUUUGUCGUUGCUGCUCUCAUGCUGCUGAUAUCGGUUUAUUCAUACGAGGAGUGUGCCAGGAUGCUAUGGUGUGAUACUGAGCUUAUGUGCCUAGUAGGUCGUAAUGUAUCCGUGGAACUGGACACCCUGGAACUCAGGUGCGCGCAUCCCGAUGGUUGUAUAUCACUAGGUACUGUAUUCAUGUACCUCCCGGAGUUCAACUCAACGGGGCAGAUUCGCAAUGCGCAAAGUCGCUUAAUGCGUGAGUUUGGUAUGUCGAGUGAUACCGACCCAGCUACCAGUAACGCCAUAGCGUUCCUGUGCCUGGUAAAUCAGGAAUAACACUGUGGAUGCGCUGGGAAUACCACUGAUCUCUGAUGGGUACCACCAGUAUAUUAUCGCAGAGUUGAGAACUUCAUUAUUUAUCACCGAUAUCACCAGGAUUCCAAUAUACAGGCUCUAAGGGACACUGAUAAAGUUGAUGUGUACUACAAGUUUGAUAUCCAAGGUGCGGA